GAGUUCCGAUCGUGUCUCCUCUCUCCAUGUGGAGCGAACUUUAUCUAUCGGAUGUCCUCAAGAGGUUGAAUCUUGAUCCUUAUGUGAUUAGUUUCUUGAAGCCCAAAUUUACAGAGUCUGCUGUUUCAUUAGCCAACCGUAACGGGAAUAAUGGGUUCACGAUGGUGCUCGAAUUGGGAAUUUUGAAGGCUGAGCAUCUGAGUAAAGAUGAAGUUGAUAGAAUUGCAGGCCAGUUCGACAACAUAGAAUCAAGUCCCAAAAUUUGUUCCAAGUAAUCAUGAUCGGUCAAUAUAGCAAUAUCACUUCCUUGUUUCCUGUCUCAGACAUUCUGUCGAACACCUUCCUUGUAUGCAUUUUAGCAGCGAGGUAAAAAUCAAACGCCCAACCACAACUCGAGCGAGUAAGAGUAGAGGGAUCUGAGAACAGAAAGAAGAAAGUGCACGUAGAGAACCAAAUAAUUAAACUUUCUCCCGACCAAAACUCAACAAAUUCCAAACUACAACUAUUGUUUGAUGGAAGGAUUGGUGCAUUCACGAAUCAGCCCAAUUCAUCCUACUUGUAGACAAUAUCGGUCUCGCUUUAUUCCAGCAUUUUCCCUGCAUUUAAAGAGGAAUUUAACUGGAGGUCGAAUUGGGUUUAUGAAACAUCCUCAAUCACUCAAUUCAGUUACUGCUUCUGUUCAACCUUUAGAAGCCUCCUCAUUGAGCCGCUUCAACAAUGCAGUGCCAUCCAAAGAGGUUCUUGAGCUUUGGAGAAGUGCUGAUGCAGUAUGCUUUGAUGUGGAUAGUACAGUAUGCCUAGAUGAGGGGAUUGAUGAACUUGCAGAGUUUUGUGGAGCUGGAAAGGCCGUUGCGGAAUGGACCGCUAAAGCUAUGGGUGGCUCUGUUCCUUUUGAGGAGGCCCUGGCGGCCAGACUAUCCUUGUUCAAACCUUCUCUAUCUCAGGUCCAAGAUUUUCUUGAGAAGAGGCCCCCGAAGAUUUCUCCUGGCAUAGAUGAGUUAGUCAAGAAGCUGAAGGCUAAAAGUACCAACGUUUAUUUGAUCUCAGGAGGUUUUCGCCAGAUGAUCAACCCUGUUGCAUCCAUCCUAAGUAUUCCACCUGAAAAUAUAUUUGCCAACCAAUUGCUCUUUGGAAGUUCGGGGGAGUUUACGGGGUUUGAUGCAAAUGAGCCUACUUCAAGGAGUGGAGGAAAGGCAACUGCAGUGCAGCAAAUAAGGAAGGCUCAUGGAUACAAUACUUUGGUUAUGAUUGGAGAUGGUGCAACUGAUCUUGAGGCUCGUAAACCGGGUGGUGCUGACUUGUUUGUUUGCUAUGCUGGUGUUCAACUUCGAGAGGCCGUGGCAGCGAAAGCUGAUUGGGUGGUCAUUAAUUUUAAAGAUCUUAUAAGUUCCCUGGAAUAAGUUCUGAAAUUAUGCUCUAUAUUAUUUGGCCAAAUAACUGUAUUAAAAUAAGUGUUCUCUAAUUUUUUUUUCAUUUCUUAUCACAGUGAACAAACUAUAAUUGUUUAUUUGAGACAAUCAAUAAAAAAAUUAGCACUGGAUGUUUUAUUCACUAUA